UCCAGCUAGGAGAGAAGCUCCUUUUUGACCCACAGGACAGCAACAACCUCUUCUACCCUUGGUCUGGCCAGGAUCGCCCCUCCUCUCACUCAACCCAGCAGCAUCUCCAGGAGAGGCCAGCAGGAUGGUUUACGGCCAAGGAGGAGUCAAGUUCCAGAACUGGGCCAAGACCUAUGGCUCCUCUCCAGAGCUAUACUUCCAGCCCACCUCAGUGGAGGAGAUCCAGGAGAUCCUGGAUAUGGCCAGGCAGUGGAAAAAAAGGGUGAAGGUGGUGGGUGGUGGUCACUCUCCUUCGGACAUCGCCUGCACUGAUGACUUCAUGAUCCAAAUGGGGAAAAUGAACAGGGUCCUCAAGGUAGACAAGGAGAAGCAGCAAGUGACGGUGGAAGGUGGGAUUUUCCUCUCGGAUCUGAACAUCGAGCUGAGCAAGCACGGGCUGGCCUUGGCCAACUUAGGAGCCGUUUCUGAGGUGACAGCGGCCGGUGUGAUCGGGACAGGGACACACAACACAGGGAUCAAGCAUGGCAUCCUCCCCACCCAGAUCAUAGCGCUCACACUGCUGACAGCCUCAGGGGAGAUCCUGGAAUGCUCUGAGUCCAUCCACGUGGACAUCUUCCAGGCUGCCCGCCUGCACCUCGGCUGCCUGGGCAUCAUACUCACAGUCACCUUCCAGUGUGUGCCCCAGUUCUACCUGCACGAGGUCACCUUCCCCUCCACUCUCACUGAGGUCCUUGAUCACCUUGAGGACCACCUGAAGAGAUCCCAAUAUUUCCGAUUCCUGUGGUUCCCUCACAGUGAGAACGUCAGUGUCAUCUACCAGGAUCCCACCAACAAGCCCCCGUCUUCCUCCGCCAGCUGGUUGUGGGAUUAUGCUGUUGGCUAUUAUUUGCUGGAGUUUCUCCUCUGGAUCAGCACCUUCGUGCCCAGCUUGGUGUGCUGGAUCAACCGCUUCUUCUUCUGGCUCCUCUUCAGGUCGCGGGUGGAGAAUAUUGCCAUCAGCUACAAGAUCUUCAACUACGAGUGUCGCUUCAAGCAGCAUGUUCAAGACUGGGCCAUCCCCAUUGAGAAGACAAAGGAAGCUCUGCUGGAGCUGAAGGCCGCCUUGGAGAACAACCCCAAGCUGGUGGCUCACUACCCUGUGGAGGUGCGCUUCGCUCGGAGGGAUGAGAUCUGGCUGAGUCCCUGCUUCCAGCGGGACAGCUGCUACAUGAACAUCAUCAUGUACAGGCCCUAUGGGAAGAACGUCCCUCACCUCAACUACUGGCUGACCUAUGAGGGCAUCAUGAAGAAACAUGGUGGAAGACCACACUGGGCAAAGGCCCACAGCUGCACCCGGAAGGACUUUGAGAAGAUGUACCCAGCCUUCCCCAAAUUCUGCUCUGUCCGGGAGAAGUUGGAUCCUACUGGAAUGUUCAUGAACGCCUACCUGGAAAAGGUGUUUUACUGAUGAGGGUAAUGCAGGGGAUGGAGGAAAGGUCAGCCAUCAACUGCAAUUCUUGGAAUACCUCAAAAAUCCUGGUCCUCUGUAGUCCCAACAUGCUGCACACCCAUGCCCUUGUCUGUCAUGAUGACAGGCAGGAACAUGUUCUGAUCUUGAUGCUAACAAGGCUCUGCAGUGCCUGGAAGUCUCUUCUGGAAACCAGCAGCUCAAAGGGACAAUGUCCCUUUCCCCACCCCACCCACCUGUAAGCCCCAAGUACUUCUCCAAGCCAACAUUUCAAUAAAGACC